AUGCGACAAUCAGAGACUAAUCGAAGACUAGCCGAAUACCUUCGUAUCGCACACUCCCCUCAUCGAGAAGUGCCGCGCGAACGAGUGACCACCGAGCACCUGGUCGUUGAUUCGCGCUCCCACUACUCGCCUCGCUCGAGCCACGAAGCGUUUAUUGUGGAAGCGUCGCCUUCCCGCUCUCCAGAGUACGAGUACGAGGAGGUGAUUGAGAGACCAAGGAGGCAUACCGUCUCAAGGCCCCGGUCUGUGUCUGUGCAUGCACACCGUCACGCAUCUCCCGUGCGAUUCAUUGAGCCUCGGGAGUAUGUUGAGGAACGUGUUGGGACAAGCGGCCACUCUGGGUCCAUGGUGCUCGUGCGCCCUCGGCACAGUGACCACGACGUCAGUGACUAUAUCCAAGACCUAGAAGAAGAAACAAGGCUCUUGCGAUUGGAGCGUCAGGGAGGCAUUGAGAUUACGAGACAGCGCGAGACAGACAUUAUCGAUGACAAGGGCAAUGUGGAGGAGGUGACGGAGGUUCGCCGCUCUGAACGCAGAGGUAACACUCCUCACAGGUUUUAUGCCCCCACAUCGCCCGUUCUCGACCAUAAUCAGUGUACUGACUUCAUCCUGUCUUUGCUCUCUACUAGUGCUAGCUUCACGCCUUUCGCACAGCGCACCCAGCAGUUGAUCAAGGAGCAACUGGGGCAGGCCGAAGACAAGACCCAGCUCCCCGAUGAAUACAUCGAGCUCGAGAAGCGCGUCGAUGCGUUGAAGCUUGUCCACCAGAAGCUCCUGUCGGUGACGGCUUCUGGCUUUUGGGGUCAGACUGACAGACAAUUUUUGUGGCUGUGCAGCUCUCAAUACUCCAACGAAGCCUACGACUACCCUCCCAACAUCCGCGAGUCCUUCAAUGAUUUGGGUCGCACGAUCAACGAGAAGGUCACCCUGCUCGCGCAGGCUGGCUCACCCGCUGAAGCCCAGGCUGCACUGACUGCACCUCCCUCCGCUAAGCCCCAGCCCAAGACUUUCAACCAUGCGAUUGCCCGCGCAUCGCUCGCCGGCUCCCAAACCUUGAUCAACAGCACCGAGGGCGAGGACCCGCUCGCCACCGCGCUGGAAAAGUACGCCUUGGCCGAGGAGAAGGUCGGCGAGGCCCGUCUGGCCCAGGAUGCCCAGAUCCAGUCCCGCUUCCUGGCUGGCUGGAAUACCACCCUCAACACCAACUUGAUGUUCGCCGCCAAGGCCCGCAAGAACGUCGAAAACGCCCGUCUUACUCUGGACUCGGUCAAGGCUGCUAAGAAGGCCGCCGCUCGGGGUGACCUGGACAACUUGAGCGAGGAUGCCCGUGCCGAAAUUGAGCAGGCGGAGGAUGAGUUCGUGGGCCAGACUGAGGAGGCCGUGAGCGUGAUGAAGAACGUCCUUGAUACCCCCGAACCCCUGCGCAACUUGGCCGAUCUGAUUGCCGCCCAGCUGGAGUUCCACAAGAAGGCAUACGAGAUCCUCAGCGAGCUUGCUCCUACCGUGGAUGCUCUGCAGGUCGAGCAGGAGGUAAGAGUCUCUUCUUUUUGA